AGAAACUAAAAAGUGAUGAUUUAGACACACAGAAGGAAGUUUGCCUCUGGGUUCAUUCAAGUCCUCCGAGGCUGGCACUUGAUCCCCAUGGAGAGAAACCAGGUGGGCAGAACGCUGUGGCUACCCCCACUCUCUCUCCUUCUCCUCCUCCCAGGCUGCUUUGCCAUUAGUGGUCCAGGGAUAGUGAUCGGCACAGUCCGGGGUACGAUGACCAUCUUAUGCCACUACAACUCAGGAUGGGAGAGUUACUCCAAGUGGUGGUGCCGGGGCUCAGACUGGAGUUCCUGCAACAUCCUCAUUAAAACCGGUGGGUCUGAGCAAAAGGUGAAGGAAGGCCGAGUGUCUAUCCAGGACAACCAUCAAUGGCGUUCGUUGACUGUGACCAUCGAGGACCUCAGGAAGGAAGAUGAAGAUGCAUACUGGUGUGGCAUAGAGAGAUCUGGAACUGACCUGGGACACAAAGUUAUCUUGUCUGUUCACCCAGCAACCCCAACAACAUUCCUGCCUAAACCUGUCACAACUUCCUAUGGGAAAGCAUACUCAAGCAAGCACAGGACAACAGCCACAGAUGCACCUGGAACAACAGAUGCUACUGAGCCUAAGACAAUAGACACAAAGGCCUGGCUGAAUUCCUCAGCCCUGAUUACUCAGGACACCAACAGCAGCUUGGCCGUGACCAGCCCCUUAGUCAGGGUCCUUGUCUGCAACAUGCACUUCCUGCUCCUGACCGGCAUGAAGGUGCCGCUGCUUGUCCUGCUGUGCUCUGUGUGGUGUUUGAAGAGGCGCUCGAGGGUCUCCAGGGAGAAACAAAGUCAGCUGGAGCAGGUUCACCACCUCUGUCUUGCCCUGGACACCGAGUGGUCUCCCAUGAUUGAUGAGGAACUGUACAGUGAUUACUACUUCGAAAAGGAUCCGGAACUCAGAUGAGCUAAGAAUUUGCUGAGAUGAAACGCAAAAUGGCAUUCUCAAGCUGACCUUGAAGCAUGGGCAUAGCCACUAAAUGAGAACACCCAGCAAGCCCAGCCUGAACUCAAGUGUUUCUUGCCCAUAACUUGUGAAGACAUCCCCUUCUCUGUGCAUGACCCCACAGCUUCCAUGGGUCCUUUCAUUGCCUUCAACUGACUCUGAGCUCAGGCACUGAGAAGAGCAUCGGAUCGGGAGUCAAAAGUCCAACAUUCGGGGCCGGGUGGUGGUGCACCUGGUUGAGCGCACAUGUUACAAUGCUCAAGAACCCAGAUUUGAUCCCCCAGCCCCCAACUGCAGGAAGAAAAAUGUUACCAGCGGUGAAGCAGUGCUGCAGGUGUCUCUCUUUCUCUUUCUCCCUCUCUAUCUCCCCUAUCCUCCUGAUUUCUGGCUGUCUCUAUCUAAUAAAUAAAGAUAAUAAUAAUAAUAAAGCACAUGUUACAAAACCCUAA